UUUCUUUUUUUCCCGGUACGUAGUCGGUGAUGUUUCUGUGUUCGAGUCGUGUAGGACUCUGCUCUUGGCGACUUCCAACCAUACACGCCGUGCUACCAUACAGUAUGACAUGGCACCGAUUGCUCACACGCUUCACGUGCCGGUAUGAGUCUUCCACUACCCUAUCAUUGCCUCUCGUGGCCCCCAAAAAUGCAUGUCUUAGACAAGGCAGUAUAAUCCGCAUAUGUGUGCGCUACUCUCGGCCAAAGUAUCAUACUGUAGUGGUGGUGGUGUCUGUAAGCUGCUCCACGCAGCCGCGGGGUGGUGGAGAUGGCGGUGUAAAUGAAGGUUGUGUUUCAGGCACCAGGCCCUUGGGACAUGAUGGUGUAUACUUAUUGGAGCAGAACUGAGCGGUCCUUUUUUUUUAACCAGUCGAUGUGUGCAGGUAAGUUUACCCAAUUAGGUCGCAAUGCGAUAUGAUACGUAGACUUUUAGCGAUGGAGUUUGUUAUGAGUGUGAGCCAAGCAACCUGGUUAGUUGGAUGUCUGGGAACACGUGAGGUCAAGUGCCGGCUGCCUCCGCAUUUCCUCACGGCGCACAUGCCUUGUCCUUGGCCGUCUUUUCGGGGCGACUAUGCUGGUUUGAAUCUCUGAAGAGCGACCAUGGGGAGGGAACGGAACAAGAGGGUCGGUGGUGGCCGGGUUGUGAGGCCGCCUC